AUGGAGGAGACCACAAAGAAGAAGCUGGGAGGUCAUAUUAUGCGGUUGAUUGCACAGGCCGAGUGGCGUAACUCAAACGCUACUGAAGAGACCGCGCCUGCUCCCAGAACACAAGAACAUGCUACUGCAGCUAGACAAGGAAAACAAUCUAUGACUCUCCAUAAGUCUAUCGCUGGAAAUGAAGGGCUUGCUACGGCGCAUGUCAAGGCUCCGGCACCUGAAUCUGGCGUGAACAACCGAUACUCCCGUAAUUUUAUUCCCAAACUACAACUCAACGACUUGUUAGAUGUGAAACUACCUAUUGAUCAUGGUGCAUCUAUUGAAGAGACGAAAAGCGUUAUCAUGCAAAUUCGAAAACCUAUCGACGAAAACCGCAUCAAAGACUUCGUCGGAGGUGAACGAUUUCGCGAUUGGCUGAUUUCGGAUUCCUCCGAUGCACUUGUGGUCAACAACUGUUCGGUGAAUUUGUCUCCGGGGGCGGAUGGAGUGUCUUUGCUAACUGAACUCAUCUUACUGCUCUACGAGCAGUUAUCAAAAGACGAAGAAGCUUUUACUAUAAUGCACCUUUGUGCUAAGCAGCCUGCAAAUAACGAUAAAAUGACUACUAUGCAACGCAUGAUUCGGUAUAUGACUUCAGAGCUGUAUGGCUAUGACCGCGAUCAUUGGAAAAGGCAGGAUUUUGUCCUUAAAUUUUCGAAAGGCAUCCGUAGGUAUAAUCCAAGAAAUAACAAAAGUGAUGAGGAAGCCCACCUUAUCAUAGAUUUGUUCAUGGAUAUGCUCCCAAAAGCUCAAAAGGGUCAGGUAAUCUAUAUUUUGAUUGAUGGAUUCGACUUCAUCGAAAAAGAUCAGUCGGUAGUGAACCGGCGGAAUGUUUGGCAAUUCUUUGAAUGCUUGUAUGACUCAAUUAGAGACCUCCAGAAUUCAGAUGAGUCAAACCCUGUCAUCAAGGUUAUGAUCACAUAUCAUAAAACCUGCCCAGAAAAUACUCGAGAUUAUUGGGGAGAAUUCGUUGCGGAUCUACCGCAACCACCGAAAGCCGCUCGAAGGUAG